UCGUAUCAAACAUGUCAAAGGUAGUAAUCCAAUGUCAGUCCUUUGCCAUCAAUGAUGCGUCCCAGACGGGCCCAUGAGAUCUUCGGCGCUUUGAUGAAAUUUCGAGACUGAGUGAGUCCAGGUAGCUCGUGAAGUGGAUGGACGGGUCGAAGAGGUUCCAGUACCACUAGUAGGUUGUAUGAACCAAACAAAACAGUCCGAAGUUAACAGCAAUGCGAUUGCGCGAGACCUAUGGUUUGAGACAAUUACAUGUCCGCUCUCUCUACAGCAAGAGUCAACCAGCGAGACAUAGAAAUCCAAACCCUUCUCAUUUGAAGAAAAAAUCCCCCUCAAACUCUCAUACAUCGAAACAUUCCUCUACUGUUAAGGACCCUGACAUUUUUGAAUGGAACAAGACCAUUUCUUCUCACAUGCGCAAUGGCCACUGCCAAGCCGCUCUUCAAGUCUUCACCACCAUGCCUCGUCGAAGUUCUGUCUCAUACAAUGCUAUGAUAUCUGGGUACUUAAGAAAUGGAAAAUUUAAUCAUGCAAGGGAACUGUUUGAGAUAAUGCCUGAAAGGGACCUAUUUUCGUGGAAUGUAAUGCUCACCGGCUAUGUUAGGAAUCGGAGACUUGGUUACGCCCGCGAGUUAUUUGACUUGAUGCCUGAAAAGGACGUUGUUUCAUGGAAUGCUAUGUUGUCUGGGUAUGCCCAGAAUGGAUACGUUGAUGAGGCAAGGAAUAUUUUUGAUAGGAUGCCUGAUAAGAAUUCAAUCUCGUGGAAUGGGUUGCUGGCAGCGUAUGUUCACAAUGGAAGACUUCACGAUGCUUGCCAGUUGUUUAAGUCAAAAUCAGACUGGGAUUUAAUUUCUUGGAAUUGUCUGAUGGGUGGGUUUGUAAAGACGAAGAUGUUACGUGAUGCUAGGCAGCUCUUUGACCAAAUGCCUGUUAGAGAUGAAGUUUCCUGGAACACCAUGAUUACAGGUUAUGCUCAACAUGGAGAUUUGUCAGAAGCGAAGAGGCUAUUUGAGGAGUCUCCAAUACGGGAUGUGUUCACAUGGACAGCAAUGGUUUCUGGAUAUGUGCAGAAUGGGAUGCUGGAUGAAGCGAGAAGAACUUUUGAUGAAAUGCCCCAAAAAAAUGAGAUUUCAUACAAUGCAAUGAUUGCAGGUUAUGUGCAAGGCAAGAAAAUCGACGUGGCCAGGGAAUUAUUUGAGGCAAUGCCUUGUCGGAAUAUAAGUUCAUGGAAUACCAUGAUCACUGGAUAUGCUCAGAAUGGUGACAUUGCUCAAGCGAGGAAUUUGUUUGAGAGGAUGCCACAACGUGAUUGUGUGUCAUGGGCUGCUAUUAUAGCUGGUUAUGCUCAAACAGGUCACCAUGAAGAUGUUUUGUACUUGUUUUUAGAGAUGAAACGAGAUGGGGAAACAAUAAAUAGGGCAACCUUUAGUUGUGCUUUGAGCACUUGUGCUGAUCUUUCUGCUUUGGAGUUAGGGAAGCAAGUUCAUGGGCAGACGGUGAAGGCAGGAUUUGAGACAGGGUGCUUUGUGGGGAAUGCACUUCUUGGAAUGUAUUGCAAAUGUGGCAGCAUAGAAGAAGCUUAUGAUGUAUUUACAGGAAUAGAAGAUAAAGAUAUUGUUUCCUGGAACACAAUGUUAGCAGGUUAUGCUAGACAUGGGUUUGGCAAACAGGCCUUAAUGAUAUUUGAGUUACUGAAGACAUCGGGCAUUAAACCCGAUGACAUUACUAUGGUUGGUGUUCUAUCUGCCUGUAGCCAUUCUGGCUUGAUAGACAGGGGAAUGGAAUAUUUUCAUUCGAUGGAAAGGGAUUAUGGUAUAGCAGCUAAUUCAAAACAUUAUACUUGCAUGAUUGAUCUUCUUGGUAGAGCGGGCCGCCUUGAAGAAGCAGAGAAUUUGAUGAAAAACAUGCCUUUUGAGCCUGAUGCUGCUUCAUGGGGAGCUCUACUCGGUGCAAGUAGGAUUUAUGGCAAUACUGAACUGGGUGAAAAAGCUGCCGAGAUGGUUUUCAAGAUGGAGCCUCACAACACAGGAAUGUAUGUCCUCCUUUCAAAUUUGUAUGCAGCUUCAGGUAGAUGGGUUGAUGUUGGUAAGAUGAGACUGAAAAUGAGGGAUAUUGGUGUGAAGAAAGUACCGGGUUAUAGUUGGGUUGAGGUACAAAACAAAAUUCAUACAUUCUCAGUUGGGGAUUGUUUCCACCCAGAAAAAAAUAGAAUCUAUGCCUUCUUAGAAGAGUUAGAUCAAAAAAUGAAGCGUGAGGGGUAUGUUAGUAGAACAAAAUUGGUUCUGCAUGAUGUGGAAGAGGAAGAAAAGGAACAUUUGCUUAAGUAUCACAGUGAGAAAUUAGCUGUAGCAUUUGGAAUUUUGACUGUACCGGCUGGCAGACCAAUACGUGUCAUGAAAAACUUGCGUGUUUGUGAAGACUGUCAUACUGCCAUGAAAUACAUAUCCAAGAUUGUUGGAAGACUGAUUAUCUUAAGGGAUUCUCACCGCUUUCACCACUUCAGUGAGGGAACUUGUUCUUGUGGAGAUUACUGGUAACAGUGAUCAGAUAUGAGAUCAGUAGUCCUUUUCUCUACAUGCAGAUCUGCACCAGUGCAUUAAAGGGCAUAGAAAGUAAGAAGUGGAUUUCACUUCUUCCUUGCCAUUGUGUAAUUAGUGUUCUUGUGAAGGAAUCAAACAAGCUAGAGGAAUAUCAGCUAAUCAGUAUGACUCCAAUCAUUUCAGAAUGACAAAGGAACUAUUUUAAUUGGACACUUUCUUUAUAGCGAGUGAUGGAAGUUGGAUUCUGGGAUCUUUUUUAGUUGUAUUCCAGAAUGCAAAUUAAAGAGGUCUAGAGAAGUUGGACGGAACAGAUAACAUGAAAAGAAUAAAGGAAAGAGGAUGCUAGAUCAUUGCUCUUUGCAAAAACAAGCUUAUAGCCUCUUAUUCCUUGAGACAUCGGAGACAUGAAAGAGUAACUUGCUUUAAGCAAAUACAUCUUAGCUGAUUGGAUAACGAUACAUUUCAUUCUGUUCAAUCAUUCAUGCGGGCUGUGGGUUCUUCACAUUGGGUAAUGAAGAUUACUCCUUUAUUGCGAGAUGUUGUGUAUUGAAAAUUAUAAAGAGCAACAGUAUGAUUAUCAAUAUGGCUCGACGCUCAAAUGCUUCCAACAAUCACUUCUCUUGAUUUGAGCUCAGGAAAUUCACUGAAAUAAUCCACAUUAUAUCAUGUCAAAGAUUAAGUGCCUCUACUCAGAUCAUCAGGUAAGCUGAGCAUACUCUAUUUUCCUUCUUCAUAUAUCUGCUUACAUACGUCAGAUAGCAAUGAGGCUAGCCAAAUAGCAAAACCUAGAAAUCAAAUUGUAGACUUUUUAACCUUCACAAGUUGACUUGUAUCUUGUUAUAUGGCAGAAUUUUGCGAAACCUUCCUUCUGGUUUAUGUUGAAUUGACAAUACUCAAUCGUGAUAUGCUGUGCUCUAUGUCUUGAUUUAAUAUCAUUUUCUUUGUCGAGAUUUGUUUGUAAUAUCUAAAUUCAUAAUUGUAAAGUUCAUUGUUGUCGGAUCUCACAGAUAUAAGUAUAAUUUUUAUAUAUUGUCCUGACAUUACUUUCUAUUGAUUUG